GGAUGGAGUGUGUGUAGUUUGUGGGCAGGUCUGGGAUCUGAUGUCAGAGGAAGUCGGUGCGGGAUCAUGGACCCGGAGCGGAGCGGCGCCGGCUUGGUCGCGGGUGACCUGGGCAGGACCCUGUGUCUCAUCACGGGAGCGUCCCGGGGUCUGGGCUGGUCGCUGGCCGUGGCACUAGCCCCCAGGCUGCAACCGGGCUCGCACCUGGUGCUGGUGGCCAGGUCCGGGGAGAGCUUGCGGCAGCUGGAGGCUCGGCUGCUGGAGGGUAGCCCCGGCAAAGCGGGCCGGCUCCGGCUCAGCCGUGUUGAAGCAGACCUGAGCGGGGAAGAGGGUUUACAGCGGGUCCUGAGAGCGGCGGAAGACAGCCGGGCAGCAGCUCGGGACAGACUCCUGCUCAUAAACAACGCGGGUUCUCUGGGAGAUAUCUCAAAGUUUGUGGUGGACUUUACCCAACCCUCUGAGGUGUCCAAUUACAUGGCCCUGAACUUCACAUCCUGCAUGUGCCUCACUGCCGCUCUGCUGAAGGCUUUCCCCAAACGCGAGAACUUUCAUCGAACGGUGGUUAACAUCAGCUCGCUGUGUGCAAUACAGCCUUUCACAUCCUGGUCACUGUACUGCUCAGGAAAAGCUGCAAGAGAGAUGAUGUUCAGGGUGCUGGCAGCAGAAGAGCCUGAUGUGAGGGUUCUGAACUAUGCUCCAGGUCCUCUGGACACUGACAUGCAAAAACAAGCUCGGUCAGAGACUGCAGACCCUGAACUCAGGCAAACAUUCCUCACCAUGCACCAGGAAGGCCAGCUCAUCGAUUGUCACGACUCUGCCGGAAAGCUGGUGAAUAUCCUCAUUCAAGAUGACUUUCAGUCUGGAGCCCACCUCGAUUACUACGACCAAUAAAAUCCUGUGAGUGCUCACUGCUGGGCAGACUCAUAGAGAAAGGCUGGUGCCAGGAAUUCUACCCAAACAUGGACUCUGACUCCGACAUUGCUCAUCUGCCUGGGUCAUCUCCACUAUCUUUACUUGCUCCAAACCAGGGAGCCUGUCUCUCUGCCUGUUCACAACUCAACAUGCCACAUCACCAGCUUCCUGGGGAUUUUAGCAAAGAACCCUCUGCCUCUUGGGAAAGGUUUUUCAAAGCAAGAGGCCUCUGUGCCUGUCUGUAGCUUCCUGUCUCUUUACUGGGCCCUGUGUUUGAUUGUGUGUACCUCUGCUCCCUCUACAACUCCAAGUGUAUGCCUUUCUGUCAAUGUAUGCCUCUGUCUCCCUCAUGUUUCUGUAACCCUGUAUUGUUCCUGUUCUCUCCCUCCCCUCAUGUUUUCUAUCACCCUCUAUUGUUCUCUCUCUCUCUCUCUCUCUCUCUCUCUCUCUCUCCCCCUCAUGUUUCUAUCACUCUGUAUUGUUCUCUCUCUCUCUCUCUCUCUCUCACUCUCUCUCUCUCUCUCUCUCCCCCCCCCUCAUGUUUCUAUCACUCUGUAUUGUUCCCAGUCUCUCUCUGUCCCUUGUGUUGCUGUAAUUCCCCUCAUUGGUUUUCAGUAAAAUAUUUGGAGUUAAGAAUCUAAA